CGCGUGUGGUUUGUGGGUUGCGGUAAUAGACCGGUGCUGCGGGAAUGUCCCGAGCAUUGUAAAUUGUUGGACAAUAGCACUCCUUACAUUUGAGGAAUAAUCUUGUGGUUGUGUUAUUUAAUUCUCGAGGCCGACAAAUUGGGGCAAGUACUACAAAUACGUUUGAUUCAACAACGUAUAACAUCACUCAACAAGGCUCGCGUGUGCUGAACGAUACUUGGCCGACUAAUUGAGCUCAAUUAAGAUUUUUAAAUCUCACGUAGCUUGUACUUUUUGAAAAAGCUACCCAGCAAGGUUUAUGGCAGCGUUUGCGGACAAUGGCGUCGGCCGGUGAGCCGGAGGGCGCGCUGCGCCGGAGGGCGGCGGCCAUGACACCGCCGCUGGAGCUCUCGUCUCUGGCGGACGACGCGGUGCCGCUCACGGCCGAUGAGGAGCAGCUGGAGCAGCUGGCCGACUCGGAGGACGGCUUGAUCGAGUUGCGCAAGUCGCCCGCCCACCAGGAGACAUGGUUCUCCAUCGCCGUGCAGGUGUUCUUCCCGUACCUGGUGGCCGGCUUCGGCAUGGUCGGCGCUGGUAUCGUGCUCGACAUCGUCCAGCACUGGCCGGUGUUCACGGAGGUGACGGAGGUGUUCAUCUUGGUGCCGGCGCUGCUCGGGCUCAAGGGCAACCUGGAGAUGACGCUGGCGUCGCGGCUCAGCACGCACGCCAACCUUGGCCGCAUGGACGAGCCGCGCGCCAUGUGGAGCCUGCUGCUUAGUAACAUGGGUCUCAUUCAGUGUCAAGCGAUAGUGGUGGGCUUCCUGGCAUCAACGGCGGCAAUAGUGAUGGGCUGGAUACCGGACGGCGAAUUCAACAUCCACCACACUCUGCUGCUGUGCGCUAGCAGCGUGGUGACCGCCUCGCUGGCCAGCCUCGUGCUCGGCAGCGUCAUGAUCGCCGUCAUCGUGCUGUCGCAGCGGUUCAGCAUCAACCCCGACAACGUGGCGACGCCGAUCGCCGCCAGCAUGGGCGACCUGGUGACCCUGGCGCUGCUCUCCUGGAUCGCCUCCCUCCUGCACAGAGCCAUCGAGCCGGACCCGUGGCUGGCGCCCACCAUUAUCGCCGUGUACCUGCUGCUGAUCCCGCUGUUCGCCUGGGUCUCUCACCGCAACCAGUACACGCGCGUCGUGCUGCUCGAGGGCUGGACGCCUGUCAUCGCAGCCAUGCUCAUCAGCAGCGCCGGCGGCCUGAUCCUGGACUUCGCCGUGUCGGCGUACGAGGGCGUGGCCGUGUUCCAGCCGGUGAUCAACGGCGUGGGCGGUAACCUGGUGGCCGUGCAGGCGAGCCGCAUCUCGACCGAGCUGCACCGCGCCGGCCGGCCCGGCCAGCGGCCGCGCGCCGAGCACGCGCCGCUCCACGUCUGCCUCACGCCCUGGGCCGCCUUCUGCCAGACAGGCGGACACUCGCGGACGGCACGCGUCCUGCUCAGCAUGGUGGUGCCUGGCCACCUGGUGUUCACCUACAGCAUCAGCUACUUCCGGGCGGGCCACACGUCCCUGACGCCGCUCUUCCUGGUGGUGUACAACUGCGCCGCCGUGCUCCAGGUGGUUGUCCUGCUGUACGUGGCGCACUGCAUGAUCCACUGGAUGUGGAAGAACGGGGUGGACCCGGACAACUCGGCCAUACCAUAUCUCACAGCGCUGGGUGACCUGAUCGGCACCGGCCUGCUGGCGCUGGCCUUCCAGUUCCUCUUCAUCAUCGGCGACCGCGACUCGGACCUGGGCGACUGAGGCGGCGGCGCCGGGGUCCGGUCUGCCUGCCCGCCGACGCGCGCGGCCUGACGCGGCCAGCCGCACGAGCGGUGCGGUUCUUCCACUGGCGGUGGCAGGCACGCCCGCGGUGAUGAGAGCCUACUCACGAGAGAUUCACGACGGAACUUUCGCGUCGAGCGUGGCGGCAGGGUCCGCGAUCUUACGGAGAGUGCGACGCGGCUCACUAUUACUGCACCGCGUCCGUCUCUGUCUACGUGGCAUUUUGGCAUGUAGUCUGAAGUCUGCGGAUGGCCUGAUGUGGGACUGUCCGGGUUUGGGGGGUGGGGUGGGG